AUGGCAGCCUUGCUGAGAAAGCCUUUGAAGCUGGCUCUCGUCCAGCUUGCCUCUGGCGCGGACAAAUCCAUCAACCUUUCGAAUGCCCGGAGCAAGGUCCUCGAGGCCGCACAGGCUGGCGCACGACUAAUCGUCCUUCCUGAAUGCUUCAACUCCCCUUACGGUACCCAGUUCUUCCCCAAAUACGCCGAAACCCUUCACCCUUCUCCACCCACAAAGGAACAGUCACCCUCGUUCCACGCGCUGUCCGCGAUCGCCGCCGAGGCAAAGACAUACCUUAUCGGAGGCAGUAUUCCCGAGCUGGAGCCGGAGAGCAAGAAGUAUUACAACACGUCGCUGGUGUUUUCGCCGACGGGCGCCUUGAUUGGAACUCAUCGCAAGACGCACAUGUUCGACAUCGAUAUUCCGGGCAAGAUUACGUUCAAGGAGAGCGAAGUACUGUCGCCAGGCAAUGAACUAACAGUAAUUGACCUCCCGGAAUACGGCAAGAUUGGAUUGGCGAUCUGUUACGACAUUCGAUUCCCGGAGUCGGCUAUGAUCGCAGCCCGUAAGGGUGCUUUCCUGCUAGUCUCACCGGGCGCCUUCAACACAAUUACUGGGCCUCUUCACUGGUCACUCCUGGGACGUGCUCGCGCUGUUGACAAUCAGACUUAUGUUGCUCUGUGCAGCCCUUCGCGCGAUUUGGAAGCUACUUACCAUGCCUAUGGUCACAGUUUGGUCGCAGACCCGAGCGCGAAGAUAUUGUGUGAAGCGGAAGAGGAAGAGACCAUCCUGUACGCGGAUCUCGAUAACGAGACCAUCGUGAACACGCGCAAGAGUGUUCCAAUCUACACCCAGCGCCGGUUUGAUGUGUACCCUGACGACGCCCACACGAUAAGCGAGCCACACUCAUCCGCGGGCCACAAAUUCAGUCACUUUCGUGAAUUUCUUCCUCGACCAAUUCCGCCCACAGUCGCCGACCCCUACAAGAUGUCCAACGUCAAAUCUGGAAAGCAGCGUUCGGCUAUCGCCGACGUGGUGUCGCGCGAGUACACCAUCAACCUCCACAAGCGCACCCACGGUGUCAGCUUCAAGAAGCGUGCUCCCCGUGCCAUCAAGGAGAUCCGCGCCUUCGCUGAGCAGGCCAUGGGUACCAAGGACGUUCGUGUCGACCCCGCCCUCAACAAGAAGGUCUGGGAGGCCGGUAUCAAGGGUGUCCCCUUCCGUAUUCGUGUUCGCAUCUCCCGCAAGCGUAACGACGAGGAGGGUGCCAAGGAGCGUCUGUACUCCCACGUCCAGGCCGUCAACGUCAAGAACCCCAAGGGUCUUCACACUGCUACCGUUGAUGAGUAA